CAGUGGCUGUCACAGCCGCUCCUAGCCCGGGGGAUCCUGGGAUUCUUCUUUUCCGGAAGGACCGGCUCGGUGUCCGGGGCUAGGCCCGUGUUCCAGGCCUUGGCUAGUGUUCCAGGCCCUUACUCUGGGAGAGCAUUGUGGGCGCGCGACGCGCUGGUGACAGCGGAGGGCGCAACCGGCCGUAAGCCGAGGUCCCGGCCUUGCCGCUGAGCGAGCCGGGGAGCCUCAGUACGUGGCGGCGCCUCCCCCUUGGCCUGGAGCGGAACUGCUGAAGGAGCCGGACGAGGUGAACCGGGUCAUUUAACUGCCUUCAGGUGAUGAAUCAUCAGCAUAAUAAUCAGAUUUGAAGUCCACAGCUCGCUGUGGUCCUGCUACAAAACAGUUCUCAGUGGAUGAUUGACGAGGGUGUCCUGAGGGGCGCCACAGUGACUGCUUGUCCUUGAUAAAGAAAGGGAGCUCUCGGGUUUUUUUGGAAAUCCUUGUUUCCUUUAAAACGUCGAGGUUACAGCCUCUUUCCGGCAAACAUCUCUUUGUGCAAGAAGGAGGCUUUCACAUGAAAGUGUCUGUUGGUAACAGCGAAAUGGGCGUUUCUGCCCAUUUGCAGCCUUGCAAGGCAGGAACCACACGUUUUUUUACCAGCAAUACCCACAGUUCAGUGGUAUUGCAAGGUUUUGAUCAACUUAGAAUAGAAGGAUUGCUUUGUGAUGUGACCCUGAUACCAGGGGAUGGAGAUGAAAUCUUCCCUGUUCACAGAGCUAUGAUGGCGUCUGCUAGUGAUUAUUUCAAGGCUAUGUUCACAGGUGGAAUGAAAGAACAAGAUUUAAUGUGCAUUAAGCUUCAUGGGGUGAACAAGGUUGGUCUGAAGAAAAUCAUUGAUUUUAUUUAUACUGCAAAACUUUCUCUUAAUAUGGACAAUCUUCAGGAUACACUUGAAGCUGCCAGCUUUUUACAGAUUUUACCUGUUUUGGACUUCUGCAAAGUAUUUCUUAUAUCAGGGGUCUCUUUAGAUAACUGUGUUGAGGUUGGACGAAUUGCUAACACCUACAAUCUUAUUGAAGUGGAUAAAUAUGUUAAUAAUUUCAUCCUUAAGAAUUUUCCUGCAUUAUUGAGUACUGGAGAGUUCCUGAAACUCCCAUUUGAACGGCUUGCCUUUGUGCUUUCCAGUAAUAGUCUAAAGCACUGUUCUGAACUUGAACUUUUCAAGGCUGCUUGCCGCUGGCUAAGAUUGGAAGACCCACGGAUGGAUUAUGCUGCAAAAUUAAUGAAGAACAUCCGAUUUCCACUGAUGACACCGCAGGAUCUCAUCAAUUAUGUGCAGACAGUAGAUUUCAUGAGGACGGACAAUACCUGUGUGAAUUUGCUUUUGGAAGCUAGCAAUUACCAAAUGAUGCCGUAUAUGCAGCCAGUGAUGCAGUCAGACAGAACGGCCAUUCGAUCUGAUUCCACUCACUUGGUUACAUUAGGAGGAGUUUUGAGGCAGCAGCUGGUUGUAAGUAAAGAAUUACGAAUGUAUGAUGAAAGGGCACAAGAGUGGAGAUCUUUAGCCCCCAUGGAUGCUCCUCGUUACCAGCAUGGCAUUGCUGUCAUUGGAAACUUUCUUUAUGUAGUUGGUGGUCAAAGCAAUUAUGAUACCAAAGGAAAAACUGCCGUUGAUACAGUUUUCAGAUUUGAUCCUCGGUAUAAUAAAUGGAUGCAAGUUGCAUCGUUAAAUGAAAAGCGCACAUUCUUCCACUUGAGUGCCCUCAAAGGACAUUUGUAUGCAGUUGGUGGGCGCAGUGCAGCUGGUGAACUGGCUACAGUAGAAUGUUACAACCCAAGAAUGAAUGAGUGGAGCUAUGUUGCAAAAAUGAGUGAACCUCACUAUGGCCAUGCUGGAACAGUGUAUGGAGGCUUAAUGUAUAUUUCAGGAGGAAUUACUCAUGACACUUUCCAAAAUGAGCUCAUGUGUUUUGACCCAGAUACAGACAAAUGGACACAGAAAGCUCCAAUGACUACAGUUAGAGGUCUGCAUUGCAUGUGUACAGUUGGAGACAAGCUCUAUGUCAUUGGUGGCAAUCACUUCAGAGGAACAAGUGAUUAUGAUGAUGUACUAAGUUGUGAGUACUAUUCACCAACUCUGGACCAGUGGACACCAAUUGCUGCUAUGUUAAGAGGUCAGAGUGAUGUUGGAGUUGCGGUCUUUGAAAAUAAAAUCUAUGUCGUUGGUGGAUAUUCUUGGAAUAAUCGGUGUAUGGUAGAAAUUGUCCAAAAAUAUGACCCCGAAAAAGAUGAGUGGCACAAAGUUUUUGACCUUCCAGAGUCUCUUGGUGGCAUUCGAGCUUGUACCCUCACGGUUUUUCCACCUGAAGAAAACCCUGGGUCGCCUUCUAGAGAAUCACCUCUUUCUGCACCUACGGAUCAUUCCUAGGACUAAGGUGUAAUACUUUUGCGAUGGAUCAUGGGUGAUCUCCUCUUUGUUGUAUCUCUUCUUACAGCGAUUGGUACAGUUAUUAGAUUAAAAGGUAAUUGAUGUUCUUUGUGUUGUUUGGCUUAGUAAGUGUAGCAAACGAUUAACAAAUGCAUUCUGAAAAUGUGUUCAGCAUAGCCAGGUGUUGUAACAAAUGGAAAAAGGUGUGUGGAAAAUGUUUAGAUGCCUUUUUGUUGUGUUGUAUAAAUCAAAUUGGGGAUUAUUGUAGUGAACUUAUAAUUAUGUUCUUUAUGCAUCAAAGUUGGAAGUUUUCUUUUCAUCUUUGACUGCAAAACAUCAAAGGGAGGCAAACUACAACUGCGAAUAAACAAAGGGUUGCCAAGUAUUAUUAGCUACCUCCCUUUUUUCAUCAAGUUUUUGACAUACCUUGUCAACUCACCAGAUUGUGUGUGCACAUUCAGAGUAUGUGAAGUUUCUGAGGCAGACAAGAGAAAUAAUAAAUUUUAAAGAACAACAAAGUGCUAUAGCCCUAAAUCACGGUUUAGUAUCUUUCUGGAAAGAAAAAGAGAAAGGUAGAUAGGGGCUACAACAGAUUAAAUUGACAACCAAAUUUAUCAUUUGACUAAAUUGUUAUUUCAGAUGAAACUAACAUUACUUUUUCUGUUUUGCUGUUGAAGUAACUUGUAUAUUAUUUGUUUUCUGUAGAGUUGCUUUUAUACAGGUUAAUUAGCAAAGUAGAAGUUUCAGAGAAUUGCUUUUGCUCAGUAAAUUUAGACUUCACUAUUUUUCACAUUUUUGUUCAGUAAAACUUCUAAUAUGUAAAAAGCAAAGAAAGAAAUUUGCUGAACAAUGCUAUAGAAUUUGAAAUUCAGUCUCCCAAUUUAGCUAGUCUAAUAUUGUUUUGUGAUUUGGGGCUAUUGUGACUGGUGCUGCUCCAGCCCACGUGCAUCCUGAGCUGUGUGUGAUCUGCCUCAGGGCUACUGUCUGAGCAAGCAGAGAAUAAAUUCUCUUCUGCAUCGAAUAAGAAAUGUCCUUUCAGCCAUGUCUAAAAGACAGGACCAACUUCAGAUUCCCCAAGAAGCCAGCUACAGAAAGCUUAGGACACUGCUGAACUGAAGGUGGUACUAGAGCAAAUUUUCAGCCUCUCCGAUACCAAGAGCUUGCCUACUGGUUGAGAACCACAUGGGGAGAUCUAAAAGGGACAUUAGUAGCAGUUAGAAUCAUAGGAGUCCUCCGUGGUGAAUUUGAAGUGGUACUUCAAGGAGUGAUUCUGAAGAAGUACUUGUCUGGAAUAAUUGUCUACCUGAAGGGAAAAAAAAUACAUAACAUACAUAUAUAUAUACAUACAUAUAUUAUGUGUGUGUGUGUGUGUGUACAUAUAUGUAUCCCUAUACCUGGGAAACUGUCAGAGUAUAAAUCAGGAACAACUUUCUCCUUAUUGACAAUCCCAAAACAAAACUCAGGAACCAAGGCAAAAAGAAUUGGCUUCUAGGGAUCUGACCCUUACUCCCCACACAAGUGUUGAUUCAUUUUAAUGCUUUUUAUGAUUUCUGCAUUGGCAGAAUUUUUCAUACUAUGUUUUUUUUAAAUGACUCAGCUUUAUAUUACUAAAAAUAGCACAUCCAAGGACAUUUAGAAAAUAGAGAAAGUAGAAAUUGCUCUUAACUGUGUAUUGGAUAAACAAGAAAUGGCAUCCCAAUCAUUUCUUUAUUAAUGAGGUUGAACAUUUGUGUAUCUUGAGUAGUUGUGUUUCCUCUUUGAGCAGAUGUUCAUGUCCUUUGUCUGUGUGACUAUCUAUUGGAAUUGCUUUGUUUUUCAUAUCAAGUUAUUGGAUCUCUUUAUAUAAUAAAUAUAAUUUAACUGGCAUUUGUUUGCAUUUUUUUUUCCAGUCUGUUAACAGUUUUACUGACUAGUCAGUUAAUUUUUAUGAGAUCAAAGUUGUCCCUCUUUUUGCAUUUUGACCUUUUGAGGAUAAUUUUUCUUUGGGAUAGUUCUUUAAUUUUUGCAUAACACUGAUAUAUUACUUUUUCACUUCCUAAUUAUGACAUGGCAAAGUAGUAUUUCCUUGCUUGUCUUCUCUUCUGUAUAAACAGCUUUUCUCUUUCCAUAGUUGUAAAAGGGUUUUGCCUUUUAUUAUGUUUGGCGCUGUCACUUUAUAAUUAAGUAUUGUUUAAUCAGCUGAGCCAACUGCUCCAGGUACAUACCCCACCUCACACACCCACCUUCUCAUCCUUUUACUUUCCAGUCUUCUGCAGUUGACAGCUCUCUUAGCAAUCAUACAAAUGACUGGCUGAUGCUACGCUAAUGCUACUGAUUUAGCUUGGAAUUCCUUCCUUAUACAUAUGGAAAUCUUAGGUAGCUUUAAAAUGAUUGGUGGGAAAGAUUUGUUUUCAUAAGCUGAUACUUUUUUAAAGAAAAUUUUGACUACAUAGAAAAAUAUUUAAAAGAGGAUAAAAGCUACAAGCACAUAAAGCAUUCUGUUACUAUUUUAUUUCAUUUGAGUUUUUCUUCUAAGCAUGCAAAUAUUAACACGUAUUAGCUUUUCUGAUUAUGAAAAUUUUUUUCUAUUGUAGAAAGUACAGGGAAAUUAAUCAAAAUAAAGUUAAAUUAUUGAUGAUUUCACUUGCCAAAAAUAACUUCUGUUAAUACUGGCUAUAUU